UAUAGUGAAGCUCUAUUGUUUUGCGGUGCGCUUCCGUCGUAGACGCUGAUUCGAUACGAGAUGAAAGCGAUUUUGGCCGCGAGUGUUUGAAGUGAUUUAGCCGAAGGUGGAAACAUUAGCCCUCUUAUCUUGUCAACAGAAUACGACAAGCGUUGCGUAUGUUGUAUGAGGGGGGCGAUAAAACCGUGGCGGAUUCUGUGUUUGACGUCAACCAGAGGGUUGAUGAUUUGAAGAUGAAAACGCUACUCGAUAAUUUAUGUGAAUUUUUUACCAUGUAAAAGUUCAGGAAUAUUCGAAUCGCUGCCGCAAUGUUCCACGUGAUGUAAUUCGAGCUGUUUGAGGUAGAAGAAUCGGAACGGAAAUUUAAUCUUCUGUUACGUGCUGCAAUCGUUUCAAAUGAGUGGGUGCAUUGAUUCGAAGGUGAUGUGGUUGUGUUAAGGUGAAAACAAUGGAAGUCUACGAUGCAUGGAGAAGAGAAUUAAUCUUCCAGAUGGUGGUGAACAAAGUGAAAUCUCCCACUGGAGUCGUUUAUGGCUGUACAGAAUGAAUUUAAUUUGUGGAGUUUUGGGUCGUAAAAACCUAAUCGUUGGUGGUUGUGUGAAUAUGUGCUGGCAAAGUUAAGACUAGGAAAUUUUCACGUAACCCGCAUUGAGCCAGUGAAGGUGGAAAGACGCUGAAGAACGACACCGGUCAAUGCAGACAUCACGAGCACUGUCCAGAGGAAUUACGUUCCAAAGUUUUAACGAUUCCGGUUGUCUCAGCCAUUUUGACUCGAGUGGUAAUAAAAAAGUGGUCGUAAAUCAUCAGGAAAUCGGAUUUCCACCGAGGAACGUUACCCACCCACCUGACCAAUUAGAGCGGCACGUAACUAAUCGCUUUUGCAGAUUCCCGCUUAUACCAGAUCCUGUGGCAAAAGGUGGCAGCCUGAUCCUAAGCCACCCUCUAGUGGAGCCCGUUCCUCGAACCAGUGAAUAAAGAGAGCAAACAACAAAAAGUCCGAAAGCACGAGGUAGGAAAAUGUCCCAUCAUCGCCGAGGGCCCGUGCAUCUCCCGAGCGAAUCCAGCGGCCGGCUUCCAAAAUGAUGACCGAUAUCAGCGUCAUCCAUGUGGCCAACAUCAGCAGGUUGCUCAUCCUGUCAACUCAACAGCCGACGACUACGACUACGACAACGACUACAACCGUUACCACUACAACCAUCAGCAGCAGCAGCAGUGGCGGGGGUGGUGGCGGAUCCGGAAGUGGGGCCACAAUCAGUGCUGGGACUGGUCUUUCGAUGGUGGUCAAUGGUAAUGGUGAUGUGGGGGGAGGAAGUGCGGGUGGCAGUGCGAUUAUUAUUACCAGUGCAACGGAAGUUUUCGGAACGGGUCUUCCGGUGGGGAGCUACGAGCGUGAUCCGGUGCCGUGGCCGGUUCCGGAGCUGAUGGAAUCCUGGGCGUACGUUGCCUCCGCAGUGACGCUGUUCUUCAUCGGGUUCUUCGGAUUCUUUCUGAAUCUGUUUGUGAUUGCGCUGAUGUGCAAGGAUGUGCAGCUGUGGACCCCAAUAAAUAUCAUCCUGUUCAAUCUGGUGUGUUCGGACUUUUCCGUGUCGAUUAUCGGCAACCCGUUCACACUGACAUCGGCCAUUUCGCGGCACUGGAUCUUCGGCCGGACGGUGUGCAUUGCCUACGGAUUUUUCAUGUCCCUGUUGGGAAUAACGUCCAUCACCACGUUGACGGUGCUGUCGUACGAGCGGUUCUGCCUGAUAAGCCAUCCGUUUUCGUCGCGAAGUCUCAGCCGGAGGGGAGCCGUCUUUGCCAUCCUCUUCAUCUGGAGUUACUCGUUUGCCUUAACUUCGCCCCCGCUCUUUGGUUGGGGGGCGUACGUCAACGAGGCGGCCAACAUCAGUUGUUCCGUCAAUUGGGAGUCCCAAACGCUGAAUGCCACCUCCUACAUCAUAUUUCUGUUCGUGUUCGGUCUCGUCGUGCCGCUGGUGGUCAUUGUGUACAGCUACACAAACAUUGUCGUCAAUAUGAAAAGGAAUGCCGCCCGAGUAGGCCGAAUUAAUCGGGCGGAGAAGCGCGUCACCCGAAUGGUGUUCGUCAUGGUGCUGGCGUUCAUGAUUGCCUGGACUCCGUACGCCGUGUUCGCGCUAAUCGAACAGUUCGGUCCAACUGACAUCAUCAGCCCUGCCCUAGGAGUCCUUCCGGCACUAAUAGCCAAGUCCAGCAUCUGCUACAAUCCGAUCAUCUACGUCGGAAUGAACACCCAGUUCCGGGCGGCCUUCAACCGGGUUCGCAACAACGAAUCCGUCGACAAUAACACGAUCACCAACCAGAAGGACAUCACCAUGAACACCAGCAAGGAAAUCGUGGAGUGCAGUUUCGAUUUCUGCCGGAAGAAACGGCUGAAAAUCAAACUACAGUCCAAUGCCAAGAGCAAAAACAACAACAACAAUUCGCGGAACCAAUCGAUAGCCGACCCGAGCAGUACGAGCAACGGCGACGAUCUGGACCAACCAAGUCCGGCCCAGACGGUGCUCAACUCGACGGUGGCCAACAGUGGCAGUGUGGCCAGUUUCGGACCCAAGAAACGGUUGCGGUCCGAUUUUGAACUAUCUGUGAUCAGUAGCGGGAAGUCGAUUCUCAUCAAGUCGAACACGUUCCGGUCCAAUCUGGUGUAACGAAGGCGGGCAGGUGUAGUAGCGUUCUAGUAUGUGGGCCUUACCGAAUCUCAAACAUUGUGAAUUUAUCUAGGAAUUAUUAAGGUGAGAUUUUGAUGCUCCCGAAGGAGGGGGCGCAAAGACGUCUGAUUCUAUUCUAAGAAUCGAGUAAUGCAAACUUUAAGGGUGAAUUAGGUGUGAAAGGGGACGGUAAUUGUAAGUAGUAGCAGCGACAGAUUAGGAAAGGCCAUACGGUAUGACGGAGUAAACUGUGAAUGGAAA